UCACUGGCAGACGCGUCUGGGUAUAAAGCCCUAGCCUAGCCCAGCGUGCUCAAAGCUCCCAAACUGACCAUGCGAGAGAGGAGUGUGUGAAUUGUGAAUUUACAUAAAGCACUGGUUUUGCUGCAUUUCAUACCAGGUCAAGCUUUUUGGACGCACUUUUGAAGGACUACUUAAUAUCUGGUUGAAUUACCAACUUUUAGACGCGUAUCUUCAUUUCGUUGCGGCUUGGAAGUUUAUAAAACAACACAAUGGUGGCGAUGACAAAAGGAGUCAAGGUCUUCGAGAUCGCCUUCAACGACCCAUCCAAGACCUUUUACUGCAGUGGAGAUAAAGUGGCCGGGAAGAUCCUGGUGGAGGUGUCGGAGGUGACCAGGGUGAUGGCCAUGAAGGUCCUGGGAGUCGGAUGCGCUAAAGUGGAGUACGCCAAAGGCAAACAGAGAUGCCGUGAAGAAGUUGACUAUCUGAAGUAUGAAGACCUUGUCCACCUGGAUGACCAUCCAGCAGACACCGAUGGUUCGGUCAUCCUCCGUCCUGGCAACAAGUAUGACUACUCAUUUGGCUUUGAGCUUCCUCAACAAGGGCAACUGGUGUCUUCCUACAAGGGCAAGUUUGGGCAUGUUCAAUACUUCGUGAAGGCUCUGAUGGAAAGACCCGCUCAGCCCACCCUGGAGUGUAAGAAGCACUUUGAGGUUGAGGAGCCCUUGGAUGUCAACACCCCAGACUUGCUGUCCCCUACUGGAGGCAUGAAGGAGAAGAAGGUCACCUGCAUGUUCAUCCCAGACGGCCAGGUCUCUCUGAACGCCAAAAUCGACAGGCGUGGCUUCUGCGAGGGUGAAGAGAUCUGCAUCGAUGCCAAAUUUGAGAACACCUGCUCUCGCAUCGUGGUACCCAAAGCGGCCAUCGUCGCCAAGCACUCCUACCAGGCCAACGGGCGCACCAAGGUCUUCAGGCAAAAACUCUCCUCAGUACGUGGCAACCACAUCAUCUCCGGCAUGUGCGACGCCUGGCAGGGCAAGAGCAUCCGUGUGCCCAAGAUCAAGCCCUCCAUUUUGGGUUGCAACAUCAUUCGGGUGGAAUAUGCGCUAAUGAUUUACAUGCACAUCCCUGGCAGUGAUAAGUUGGUUCUGGAGCUGCCCUUGGUCAUUGGGACCGUUCCCUACAAUGGUUUUGGUAGCCGCACCAACAGCAUGAGCAGCCAGGAUGGUUCUGUCAGCAAUGCAUCGAAUAGUUGGGUUUCCCUGCGGAUGCCGUCGUCCGUGCCACCAAGCUACUGCGACGUUACACGUGACUGCAGCCUGGACCAACCUCUGACGCCUCUAUUAGAUGACUAUGAUGGCGGAGACAGUCCCAUCUUCAUGAACGCACCCCAAUUCCAGUUCCCUCCACUCCCUUCUUAUUCUGAGGUGGAGGAGGAAUACAACGGCAACGCCCGCAUGCUUCCUGUCUGCUGAACCAAGCUGGUAGAGCACUAGAACUGAACUGUUGCCCAUCGUAAAUGGGUUUCUUUUCCACUCUAAGCACUUCAGGCUUUCACCAUGUGGAUCAGAGGUGGUUUGAGAAGUGUCGUAUGGAUGUGUGGAAGUGAAGAUGAAGCGGAGGAUUUUGGGGCCCGAGUGGCCCCUCUGCAGGAUGAGCUAGUCGAAGUUCAGAGGAAGAAGGAGUGAAGUCUGAGCUCUCUUGUGCCUGCAUUGCUGACAGCCAUCUUAUAUCAUGCAUCAAUCAAGUUAAACGUGUUUCUGUCAUAUAUUAUUGAUGCUGUUUCGGGGCCUGAAAGAAGGUGCUCGGGCUGUUUGGCGUGCUGUAUUUCACUGUGUUUGAGCUGCUCUUUCUUGAGAUUACUGCUGAGGCGCAAACUGAUUGUGCCGCAUUAUAGCGAUUUUAAGCACACAUAGACUUUCCCAAAUGGUGGUCAUGUACUUUCCAGUAAUCCCCAGUAUAACUUUCAAUAGCAUUUAGCUCAUCAUUUUCGUUAUCAUUCCGUAAUGGUUUUUUUUUUUUUUUCUGUGGGGAUGGAAGAUUUCAUUUGUAGAAACAUUCAACACAUUUGUUUGAUUUUAUGUUGGUUGUGAGGUUAAGUUAAUGUGCUGUCCAGAGAUAUAUUAUUCUAAGUUACUGAAAUAUGAAGAAAGAAGUGUAGUAUAUUGAGUUUUUCAACAAGGGAAAAUCAUGCAGUUGCAGUGUAUAUAAUGUACCAGUGUUUUGUUUUUAAUUUGAAUGCAGUUUUUAUGGAUAAAAGUUGCUGUAUAACUACUCGCAGGGAGAUUUCCUGUUUUUAUUUUGUUUUUCUCUUGUCUUCCAAAAAUGUUCAUUGAGGGAUCAAGCAUUGCUUGCGCAACUUAAGACCUCGUCCUAACAAAGGGCUCCACUGAUGUUGCUUCUUCCACUGUGGACUUGAACAUUAGGCCAAAAAAGAACUUAAUACUUCAAGUGCCAAAAUUGGGGUCUGUUUGGACCACAUUCAUUUGCGAGACCAGAAGCUGCACUGUGUGUAGACAUAUCCUGAAGACAUUUUGAUGAACAUUUCACUUGUGGAGAUCUUCCUGAACAUUGUGUGUGUUUUGUUUCUUAUAGAAUGUAAGAUGACUGUUACUGUUAUUAUAAG